AAAAUAUAGCCGAAAAUAUACCUUAUUAUGUCCAAAGAACUUCGAAAUAUUCGAUUGAGUACUUUCUUUAAAAAAUUACGAAAUUCGCCUAAAUUUCUAUGGGUAACAUUGGUAUCGCCCCUUAAAUAUUUGAUGAAUGUACAUAUAUACGCAUAUACAUAUAUAAAAAUUCACCCAAGUAUCAAUAAAAUACCUAACACAUAUUCCAAAAUAAAUUCAUACCUUGCUAAUUCUCGUUCCGAUGGGAAUUUGUAGAAUGAUUCAGCUGCCGCACAUCCGCACACACAAGAUUUCGGCAUUCUUCUGUAAACACAAACUUAUUAAAAACUUCGACAUAUUUCUAAUAUAUUUAUACACCUUACCUUAAUGUUGCUUUAUUUCAGCAACAACACUUAUACACAAUAUAAACCAUAUAAACUUAUAAAUAACAAUAAUAUGUAUUAUUAAAAUCUUCAACAUACAUAUGUUUCUGUUUAAACUCAAUUUCCAAUUGAUGUUUUCCUAUAACGGCUAACGAAUUGUCAAUUUGUACACAUACUUAUAUGUAGUAUGUCAAACGCCAAAUUACCACCCAGGAUUGUAUCCUACUGAAAUUUAGAAAUACUUGAAGCGUGUUUAAAAAUUGCACAAAAAAAAACUGAUUUAACAUCAAACAACAAGUAAUAUCCCAAUAAAAUUGAACAGAUAUUCAAAGUAAUUCAAUCUAAUCACUUAAACAACGUUAACACUUGCAUUAUUUAAUAUAUUUUAAAGUGUUGAUCAUCAAAAUUUAAAAUCUAUAUGUAACUCAAAUGCUAACACCCUAAUGCCCGGUUUCACAGUCCAUACUUAAGUUGUGCCUAAAUAAAAUCUUAGCUAAGCAUUGUUGCGAACUGAGUAGUCGUUUGCGUUUCACAGUCAAUGCUUAAGUUAUAUAAAAUUUUAUUAUGAUAUAUGGCAACGUUGUGGGCAACAUAUGUUUUACAAAUAUCAUCCACAAACAUAUGAUUGAAAUAUUUAAAUUAUUAUAGACAACGUAUAAAUUUGGAAGGAAAAUUAUUUCGUAAAUGGAUGAAACCCAGAAAAGGACCCCGAAUUUCACCGCAAGCGAGGCGGAGCAGCUAUUGGAACUGGUGGAGAAAUAUAAAAAUAUCAUCGAAUGUAAGCGGACGGACACUUGCACAAACGCUAAAAAAGAUGUCGCAUGGAAGCGUAUCGAACAUGAUUUCAAUUCACAGUGUCCAUCUGGCUGCCAUCGCAAUGCCAAAAUUUUGAAGAAAAAGUAUAUCAAUCUUAAAAGAGAGGUAAAAAAGCGAGUUGCAGAGGAAAAAAAGUAUCUUUAUUUGACUGGAGGAGGACCGCCACCAAAGAAAUUGUUAACUCAGUUUGGUGAAAAACUUUUGACUGUAUUACAUGAGAAGCAAGUUAGUGGCAUGCAGAGUGUGUAUGACAAUGAUGUGAUUGCCGGAAAUAUUGAUGAGUCCGUGAUAUUGGAGGAAGAGACAUUGGAAAGCAUAGUGGAUUUCGAAAAAUCCACUGAAGUGGAAAAUUAUGAAGGAAUAAAUGAAUCCGACAACGUUGAAUCAAGCCAGCUUUGGAACAAAUAUGAUCCCAGCCAGUUAAAAACACCAAAAAAUUCGAAACUAAAAUUUGAAGAAAAACCCCAAAGAUCUGCGAAAAAUUCUUGGGCGAAGCUAGCAGAUAUGAAAGCAAAAUGGACGGAAGAAAAAUAUGAAGCGGAAAUAAAAAUAAUGUAUGCGGAGCACGAGCAAAGAAUGAAGCUGAUGAAAGAAAAACAUAAUAUGGAAAUGAAAAUUUUAGCAGUUGAUUUGGAAAGAAAGAAAAAGAAGCUGGAAGGGUGAAAUAAAAAAUACAUAUAUGUAAAAUUAUAAACGUAUUUAUUAAACUACAAUAAACUGAAGUAAUUAUCUAUUAAA